GGUAGCUGCGGUACCCUAAGUAGCAAAUGUGUGAUUGUUAUGACAAAAAUAAGGAGCAGUGUGUCGAUGAUGCUCCAUAUUUCAUGCCCGAUUAAGGCAUAAAUGUUUUACCUAAUUAAAGAAAAUCAACAAACAGAAUGACUGACCGUGACAAGGAGCAAGCAAUCAUAAAACAAGAGGCUGUAACGUUGUUAAUAAGUGAGUUUGUGAUUAAACUUGGGCCAGAAGUAUUCAAUACAUUUACAGCAAAUUCGAACUUCGCAUGUGCGUCAAGUUUGCACCAAAUUAAGCAAUGCUACAAUUGUUUUACAGAGCAAAAGUUUGAUAGGUGUGUAAGAGUGUGUGAGUUGGUUAUUGAUCAUAUUUGGGAAAUAUUGAAUCAAGGGCACUGGAAAGAUGUCGACAUUAGAUGGAGGUACAUGUACACUGUUGUUUCAGCCUACAAAACGGUGGCAGAGUAUUGCCAGCUCCUGAACGGUAUGCCUGAUGUAAAAUUUGAUGAUGUAAUGAAGUCAUGUGACAUGGGGCUAUUAAUGGGAGCUCCUUUGUGUGAAAAUGUGCUUGCCAGACUUUCUAAACACAUCCAAGAACAUUACAGACAAAUACAUCCUAUUAAAAACACUGACCCAUAUUCUGAUACAAUAAAGCGGAGGAAAAUAGAUGUUUGCAAUGGAAAUGAUGAUUAUUGUACAAAUAGCACACAUUCAGAACCAGAAGAAAUCGUUAUCCAAAGUAAAAAUGCAAUUCCAAGGGUAGCUUGUUUAUCAGUUGAAAAUUUCAUGACAAACUACUACACACCUCAAAUACCAGUUAUAAUUACAGAGGCAAUGACUGGCUGGCCAGCAUUAACUCACCGACAAUGGACUCUUGAUUACAUAAAGCAAGUAGCUGGGUGUAGAACUGUGCCAAUAGAAAUUGGAUCAAAAUACACGGAUGAUGCAUGGUCUCAAAAGCUGUUGACAGUUCAACAAUUUAUUGAAACAUAUAUAGAAAGAAAGAACAUUGACAGUGAUAUUCCUAUCGGAUACCUUGCCCAGCAUCAACUUUUCAAUCAAGUCCCAGAAUUGGAAAAGGAUAUAAUAAUACCUGACUAUUGUUACCUCGGUGAUAGUGAAAAUGUUGAUAUAAAUGCCUGGUUUGGUCCCAAAGGAACAGUUUCACCAUUGCACUAUGAUCCAAAGCAUAACUUUUUGUCUCAAGUCGUUGGGAAGAAGUAUAUAAAGGUAUUUUCACCAAGAGAAACUGACAAGCUGUAUCCCCAUGAUACAACACUGUUGAAGAAUACAAGUCAGGUUGAUGUGGAGAAUUGUGAUUUGAUCAAAUUUCCAGAAUAUAAGACAGCUAUAUUUUCAGAAUGUUUGCUCAAUAGUGGUGAAAUGUUAUAUUUGCCCCCAAAAUGGUGGCAUUUUGUAAAAUCCUUAUCUGUCAGUUUUUCAGUUAGUUUUUGGUGGGAAUAAACAUACUUAACUGAGCAAUCGCUCAAUUGUUGUGUAUGACAUAAUUAUGGUGAUGCUUUAUUUUUUACCGUUGACAAUAGCAUUAUAGUAGCAUAACUUAUAAUUAUAUGCACUGUUUAUGCAGGUUUGUGUAGUCAUUGUAAAACAACACACUAACAAGUUAAUUAUAAAGAAAUUCUUUCCGGCACUAUAUUUGUAAUUUAAUAGGGGUGAAAAAAAUUAAAGUCAAUAACACAUGAGGUCCGCAAAAUCCACUCCUGUUGUCAUCCGGAUAGUCUGUUGCCAUCUGGAUAGUGUUGCAUAGCUGAAAGUGUGUACUUUAAUAUUUAACUACAUUCUUUGGAGUUUUAAGUCCGCAAACAUCCAUAAAGUACAUUUAGCAAAUUAGCAUGUUAUUUUUUGUAUCUGUGCUAUUAAACAAAAAAUUGAAAGAUAUGGAAUAUGAUUAUGUGAAAUUAAACAUACAUCAUGUCUUAUCUUCAGAAAAUAUUGCAUAAUAAAACACAAUUAUGUUCAUAUCUUAAAUACAUUACCAUGUUUCUUGACAGUAUAAACAAAGAUAGGUUUUAGAUUUUUAAGUCUGUUAUAUUAGU